AUGAAGAACUGUGUCUUAACUGGUGGGGACCUGUGUGAUAAUGAUACUGGUGGGGACCUGUGUGAUGAUGAUAUACUCAUCUCGUACAUGUCCUUGAGUCUGGACCGUUUGGUUAGCAUCCUAGAGCGGUUCCUUCAGAGCGGUCCUCUGACAGUCCUACUGUGGUCCCGCUGUCAGGUGACUGGUCCGCGACUGGUGGCUCUGCCUGACCUGACUGCCAACCAGUUGCACCACCACAACAAGACCCUCUUCCUCCCCCAGCUGUACAACCUACUACUGGCCAGAGGAAUGCUCACCCCGCUGGAGAGAACCUGCCAGGCUCUGAGAGAUGGAAAAUACUGCUCCCUGACGUUUUUCGCCAAGGCACUGGGCAAGGCCUGUGUUCAGGGACAGGUAUUUGGGGUUAUGGCCCCUCGCCUCUCCUCCUGCACGCGUUCAGACAUGGUGUGGCAGAGGCUGUGCUAGAAGCCGUUGGAGAGUGUGCUCACUGGGCUGGUGCAGGCUGUCAAUAGGCCUGAUGCUCUGUCCAGGAUCAUGGAGAACCUGGUGUUGAAGAACAAAAAGGCCCAGUUUGUCAUCACCUGUAAACUGCUGCUGCUCCAAUACAAGUAUGAGACUCAUGUGUUAAGGAUUCUUCUCGGCUACCUGGCACAGGAUAGUGAGAGAAGGUCAUUACUUAUAUAG